CCAUUGUCGUGGCUUACCCCACUUCUCAAGUCGCCGACAAUCCUGCUGGACAAGUCCCCCAUUAGACGCGCCAUUGCGAGCUGCCGCAUGUGCUUUGCUCGAAAAAGAAAGACAGCAUAAGUAUCGCCAGCCGCUCGUGUUUUCCACUUCCUAAACUUCAACCACCUUUUUCCAUUUCAUCUUUUGUUGCAUUUCAUAGCCACCAUGACCGACAUGUUCCCAGUCGAAAACGACAUGACGCCCGAGAAGCUCACUGUCAUGAAGCUCAAGGCCAGCGGGCUUGGCCGAGAUAUCAUGUCGGAGCCCUCAUCCCCUACCGGCAACCGAUCCUUCUCUUUUGCAUCCCAAGCCAAUGGCCAUAUGGCAACGCUGACCACCCGUCGAUCAAAUCGUCAGCUCAAUAGCUCCUCUCGCCGUACUAGUAGCUUUCUCCAGUCACAUCGUAGCAAGAUGUCUAGCGAGCUUACCACUCAGGCGGACGGAAAGGUCUUCGCUCUAAUGGAUCUUAUUUCAAAUGCUUCUCGCGAGGCUGCCUCGCUCAAAGAGUCAUGGGCACGCAUCCUCGCAGAGCGUGACACUCUAUUGCGCGAGAGAGACGAGCUUAUGGUCACAGUUGAGGAAGUCACCGAGGAGAUUCAGCGCAAGGAAGCCGAGCACUCACAACACGGUCAUGAGCAUGGAGAGAGGAAGAGACAGGUGGAGAAGCUUAUCCUUGAGCUCACAGCUGUCGUCGCACAAGUUUCGGAACAUAAAAAGAAACUUGCGGAUCGCGACCGUGCACUGGAGCUGACCCGCCAUGAGCUUCACGAGCUUCAAGCCUCUGUUGCACUUACGGUCGGCGAACACGAGAGGACUCGUUCCGAGCUGGAAGCUACGUAUGCAAGACUCAAGGUCUGCGAGAGUGAGCGCGACGUUGCCCGUCACGACUCGGAGAAGCAUCACAAUGAAAUUCGCGCACUUGUUCGUGAGCACACCGAGCUUAAAAGCAAGCACUCAGAAAUCAUCUCCAAGUUCGACCUGACCCGCAAGGAAUUCAUCACUAUCAAUGAGCGUAUCAAGUUAUUCGAGCUUGAGCGGGACGAACACCUUCAUGACAAGGACCGCUUGAACGAGGAACUGAAGCGUGCCAAGUUCAGGAUCGAGGAGGCAACUCGUGAAUUCACUGAACUCACUGAGAACCACGACCGUGUUCAGCGAGAGCUCCAUAAGUUCAAGGAAACCCUUCGGUCUGUCGAGGCAGAAAUGAGUACUUGCUCAAGCAUGAACACGUCAAGCGUGAAGUUGUUUCUGUUAAAGAGAAGCUCCGAGAGAUCGAGCUGGAGCGCACCGAACUCUCCAGUGUGAUUGAUCGCUUCCGUGAAGAACACCGCCUUAUCGUCAUUGAACGCGAGCAGCUCAAGCAAGAUGUCCACGACGAGCAUCGCAAGGUCGAAGAUGGUCGCC